AUGGCGUCUUUGCUUGGGGAUCAUCUUUUUCAAUUCAGUGGUCAGGGUCCUCCUCCUUCAAAAGAUUACUUCCAACUCAUUGUCUCCAGAAAUGAGGUAAUAUUGACAUCUUGGAAGAUUUCUGUUCGACUUGGUUGCAAGGGCGUUGCUCCCAAACAGCAGAAGAUAUCCCAUCAUGAUUUCCUACAACAGAAAAUGCUACAGCAAGAAGUUGAAGCUGUUUUCGGGGAUAGGAUCCUUGAACACACAAAGUUACUUUGUCAAGGGAAGUUUGAUUACCUGGAGCGCUUAACCGAUGACAUAUUGCUCAAAAUCCUGGCCAACCUAGAGCUGAAAGAUACAACACAGCUGGCACAAGUUUCACAGAGAUUCAGAGAGAUCUGCAACUCUGAGAAGUUCUGGGAGCAGACUGUGAGGAAUGGCUGUGCUGGCUUCACCAGGGACAUGGAGGGCAUAGCAAGUGCCAUGGGCUGGAGGAAGAUGUUUUUGACCUUUUUCCACACCAGUGGCAGGAAGGGCCAGCAGUAAAGCAAUUGAACAGUUUAUGACCGUUCUAAAACAACUGUAAUACAAAUGCUUUUACAGAGGAUGGUUAGUCAGUAUUCAUGUGGUAUUUUGUGAAGCAAUAUUCAGUGUUUUUUGUGAGUUUAAGUGAGUGUUCUUAAGAUGACUGUUAGGUCGAAUAAACUAAAGAUGUAUGUAAAAAAAAAAGUAUAUUAUGGGUACUUUGGAUGACAACAACUGAC